CGGAGGCUACCAUACCAAAACACGGAAGUAUUUCAAUUUAAGGGGUUCCAGUGAGGGCUAAUUAGUGAAGCUAGUUCCAAAAUGGGUUUUAGGUUUAUUUCGUCGGGCAGAUAAAGACUUUUUGUGAUUUUCUUUUGUUUGUUUAGUCAGGACCUUACCGGAGGUCGUGUUGCUGUUAGGAUGGUCCAGAGUCUGUUCCGGUCGGGUUUUCUGGUGCGGGUCGGUCACACCGUGCUUACCUGGGUCGUAACCCUCAUUCUGUUCCUGCACAACACAGAUUUGCGGCGAUGUGAGGAGCGAGGAGAGCUGCUGCUGCCUGCGCUGUUCUUCCUGCUCGUCCUGCUGUCGGUGCUUUUGUAUUUCACCGUCUCUUUAAUGGAUCCUGGGUUUGUCCUCACCGACACGUUUAAGGUUAGAGGUGAAGGGUCAGAUGAAGAAAUGGAGUCGAUGAUCCCUCAGCCGUCGACCCCUCGGCUGCGGCGCUGCGGGUUCUGCCUGCUGCAGCAGCCAAUGAGAGCAAAGCACUGUAAGACGUGCAAACACUGCGUGCGGCGCUUCGACCAUCACUGCCCCUGGAUCGAGAACUGCGUGGGGGAGAGGAACCACCGCUGGUUCGUGGUCUACCUGCUGGUCCAGCUGCUGGUGCUGCUGUGGGCCCUUCACAUCGCUCUCUCGGGGGUUUCUCCUGGCGUGACGUGGGAUCUGUGGUUCCGGGCGAACGGCUUCCUGCUGGCGGCGCUCGCCGUGGUCGGGGUUUUCUCCGGCGUCGUGCUGCUGCUGCUGGGCUGCCACCUCUACCUCGUCUCCAUCAACUGCACCACCUGGGAGUUCAUGUCCCGCCACCGGAUCUCCUACCUGAAGAACUGCGGCGGCGAGGAGAACCCGUUCGACCGCGGCGUUUUCUGCAACCUCUGGGAUUUCUUCUGCAUCUGCAGGACGGUGAUGUGGGAGCAGGUUUACCAGAAAAACGCCACAGAAGUCCCGCCUGAACUCAACGAAUUUUAAAACGAAGGAAGUACUGACGUUUUGCAGGAGAAUUUUAGUUAUUUUUGUUUUAAAUUUCGCUUCCAAAGAGCCAAAUUUUCUGUUUAUUAUUCAAAGGGUUCUGAAAAUGAGUAAAGAGGCAGCAAAAAUUACAAAUAAAGCUUUAAAAGUUUUAGAAAACUGUUGAUUAAAAUCACUUUAGGGAGUUACAAG